UUGCUUGGGUUCCUGUAUUGCUCGUGGGCACUCAGCGAAAUGGCUGCGUUCCUGCGAGCUCGUAAAUAUGUUCGCUGUGUUGUCCGUUUCUCCGACCGUGAACUGUAAGCGCUAGUUUUGUCGGGCUUGGAGAGACCUACGGAGUCGAGCUGUCAUGGCUGAUGAACAUGCAGGGAAUGGUGGUACAGUUGAGGAUGAUGAUGAAGGUUCACAUGAUCCAAACCUUCAUGUGAAGCUGAAUGAAUUCAGAACUCAGUGGAUGUCUGAGCUCAAACCAGCCUCAGAAGCAAGUGGAACUAAUGACCAACUGCCACGAGCCAGAGGUCCAAAAUGGACCAACGCUGUUUCUCAGGAGCAGAAAGCAACUGAGCUUUUUUUGAAAGCUGUUCAAGAGGAACAGAACGGCGCUGUCUAUGAGGCCAUUAAGUUCUAUCGUUUGGCUAUGCAGCUUGUGCCAGACAUCGAAUUUAGAAUAAACUACAGCCGCCCUCCUGAUGCAGAUGAAGCAGGUCAAAAUUACAUUGAAGGCAGUGAUGUUGACGGUGAUAUUGAGGACCUACUUGCCUACUUUGAACAGCAGCUCACUCUGGAAUGCACAGGUCCAAAGAUCUGUACUCCCGAGCUGGAACUGACCCAGAUUCACAUUUCAGCCUUGCCACAUGAAAUCCUGAUGUACAUAUUUCGCUGGGUUGUGUCAAGUGAUCUGGACAUGCGAUCCCUGGAACAGCUCUCCUUGGUUUGCCGUGGGUUUUACAUUUGUGCCAGAGACCCUGAGAUUUGGCGCUCAGCUUGUUUCCGAGUGUGGGGACGGAACUGCACCAAAAUUGUACCUUUCAAGUCCUGGAGGGUGAUGUUCCUGCAGAGACCUCGUGUUCGUUUUGAUGGUAUAUAUAUCAGCAAGACAACAUACAUCCGCCAAGGAGAGCAAUCGCUGGAUGGAUUUUACAGGGCUUGGCACCAGGUUGAGUUCUACAGGUAUUUUCGCUUCUUCCCGGAUGGCUAUGUUCUCAUGCUAAACACCCCUGAAGACCCUCUGUCUGUCGUUCCUUGUUUGCGUUCAAGAAACCCCAGAAUGGACUCUGUUCUCUUUGGCCACUUCCGUCUGAUAAACGAGGCUGAUAAUAAAACCAAAGUUUUUGUUGUUUGCAAGAAAAAGGAGGAGAAAGGGACCGAGAUUCCCAGAAAUCGGUUCUGCAGGUGGAACACUGUCCCAGAGGCCGAACACGCCUUCCAUGUGGGUUUGCAUGUGUCCUCUGGGGGGCGUCAGAGUAAGCUGACAUGGUUACACCACUCCUGCCACAUCACUUACAAGUUGACUGGAGAAACCAUUAUCACAGCAUUUGACCUGAACACGAUGUAUACACCCUUCUACUUUGCACGAGUGAAGAGUUACACUGCUUUCUCUGAGCAGCCACUUUAGUUAAUUAGACGUUGUCCUCAGACGCUUCGUUCUUUUUGCUGCAAUUGAAUCAGCGUUUUCUGCAGGUGUACAUGAUGUAAUUCUACUUAUUUUCUGAUUUCAGAAAUGGCAGCACUGUACUAAGAGCUAUAUUCUCUAGUUGUUCAAAUCAUUGAAUGUUCCUGCUGUUUUUCUUUGAUCUCGUACUUCCCACAGGCCUAAAUAAACUGGUGGAAAAAAACAAAUG